CAGUGCCAAGCUGAGGGGUUCGCACUGUGAAUCACUCGAGUCACCGUUACCAUUUCUCCUUUCGACGAUUCUCUGUGAUCUCUCUCUCCUUCAAUCGUAAAGGUUCAAACUUUGCUUCAUCACACACUAUAAGCUCUAUUCUCUUGUCUCUCUGUUCAAGAUCCAAAAGCUUUGGUCAAGGCUUAUGUCUGUUUCUAAUGAGGAAAGCUUGUCACAUUCCCAGCUUUCAUCUCAUUUUUUCUUGGAUCUCCUUGAUUCCAUCAUAGUUGAUGUGGCAUCAGAGUGUCACAGAGUAGCAAGGCUGGGGCUCGAUUCUAAUUUGGAAGAAGAAGACGAAGAAUUGAAGCUAUCAGCACAAGCCAGGGUUAGGGUGGCUGAUCCUAGUAACAGUAAUGAAGCAAAUGGAAAGUAUGUGGUUGAUAUAUUCGGACAAACUCACCCUGCUGUGGCAAAUGAAAUAUUUGAGUGCAUGAAUUGUGGUCGAUCCAUCAUGGCCGGGAGGUUUGCUCCUCAUUUGGAGAAGUGCAUGGGGAAGGGUAGGAAGGCUCGUCUUAAAGUGACAAGAAGCAGCACCGCCGCACAGAACCGAUUUUCGCGAGGCAGUCCUGUUCCUACAUAUUCAAACUACUCUACCAAUAGCAUGAACCGGUUGGCAAAUGGAUCCUCCACUUUUGCAGGUGAGGAGCACUCAAAUGGGACACUCGAGUCAUGAGCUAGUUCAUGUGUAAUGGUUGGUGGCAUGCAGGAUCUGUGUCACACCUUGAGCUUGUUUUGCUUGGAGAAGCUGAAUUGAAUUAUGUGUUUGAAUACAAUAUUUCAAACAUUUUGGACCUAAACGUAACAAUCACCUUUGCCUACAUCCUUGAUGUUGUCUAGCUUUACAAAAAAAAAAAAACUGAAUUUUACAUUGAGUUCCAUUGUAAUUUUAUUAUGUUUUACACCGAGUACCAUUGUAGUUUUAUUAUAAUUUUAGUAUUUUAUCAACUGUCAACAUGUAUAUUUCUGCAACUAUGGACGAGAAGAUGUGCAGUGUGUUGAGGAGAAUAAUAUGUAGAGCUUUUGAAAUGUGUUAA